AGCCUUCAUGGCGGGUGUGCUCGUGUCCCUCCAGCUCUCGACGAGUAGCAGGAUCAGCAAGGUGGUCGGCAGCCCCGUGUAUGUGUCAACAAGCAGGUCAAGAAGGAAGAAGUCACAAAGCACACAGGCAUUCAUCUCGCCAGCCAACAUAGAAUUGAUGACCCCUGUGUGUGUGAAUGAAUGUGCAUCGCAUCGCAUCCACCGUGCAGCUAUACUUUCUCCUUGCUGAUACUGGGUGGGAUGGCGGUCUCGCAGGUAGGUGUGUAUGCCCAUGCAGCACACACACACACACACACAUCUACAUGGUAUGCCGUGUGUGCACUGCAGAGGAGUCCAUGGCACCUGGCCAGCGUCCGCCCAGCCUACCUGAUCGGCGGCUUCCUUGUGUCCCUGUCAUUCCUGUCAAUACCUGCCGCGCCGCACCUCGGUGAGUGCCGCGCACAUGCGAUGGAUGGAUGGAUGGAGGUUCUUUGUCUGUGCGUGCAGGUGUGGAGCUGGUGAUGAUUGUGAUGACGGCAGGCGAGAUGCUUGGCGCGCUCGUCAUCGACCGCGUGGCGCUGGGCAUCACGUCACUGGGUACUGUCAUGGCGGCAGUGAUCGCCUCCGUCGGGGCGUCUGUGUCGUUCGAGGUCUCUGUGGACGAAGACAUUCUUGUGGUGGCUGCAUACGUUGCACUCAUGUUCGGUACGUACGCCACACACACAUCUGAGAACGUGCAAAGAGUUCGUUUGGUCUGUGUGUGGUCCGUGCAAUGCAAUGCAUGGUUCACUCGUCGUUCGUUCAGGUGUGGGCACUUUGUUCCCUCUAUUGAGUUUCCUCAACACCGAGCUGUCCAGGCAAACCCACAGCGGCGUCAAGGUGCGUCAGACACAGACAGACACGCAACGGAGGAAUCGUUCAACAUCGAUGCACGAGUGUGUGUGUCCCUCUGCGAGCGCAGGCGGCCUUUUUGUCCUCUUGUGUGACAACGAUUACGAUGUUCGGUCUGUCCACAUUUGUGUGGCUGGCCUUCCACCAGCACUUCACGCCGCGGCUCAAUCAGUGGUGGCUGUGGCUCAUUGACGGCGGAUGCUGCGCAUUCUACGUCUUCACCAUCACUUUAGUGCCCAAAAGGAUCGGCUUCGCGCCGUGCUUCAUUCUGAUCGUCCUUGGGUGAGCAGCAGAAGGCGAUAGCAAUAGCGCACACAACACAAUAGAUAUAUAUAUAUGGGCCAUGCAUCAACGCAACGCCUCCUUGUUGUCUGCAGGAAAAUGGUUGGUGGUCUAAUCUGCGACACUUACGGCAUCCUCGUGAAGCCGCAGGCCAUCACUCCCAGGCGCAUCUUGGGUGUCAUCCUGGUCACGGCCGGUGCCUGCAUCUACAAGCUCGAGUGGUCCCACCUCAACCUGGUCGACCCACUGGGCCUCCUGUCCACCCCCCCACCAGCCCGCCAGCCACGCAUCAAUGACGGCGACACUGACGACGGCAGCGGCAGUCCGACAGCCGAGUGUGCUAGCGAAGGGUCCGCCAAGCGGGGCCUGGCUGACCGCUCCGACGCCAACACGACCCAUGGCGGCAUGACGGAUGAUUCGCCGCUGUCGAGCUCUAGUUGCAUGCGGCUCAACGGGGAGGGCAUGCACAUUAUCGAGAACGACAGUGGGCCGAGGGCUGCAGAUGAAGAUGCCACGACAGAUGGGGGGGCGAGGAGGCCGCCGUCAUCAUCAUCGUCAGCAGGAAUAGUGUCGAUGGUCAUGAUGUGGGGAAGGAGUCGAAGGACAAACAAAAUGGCUGCUGCAAGCGGCGAAUCAGAUGUGGGCCAGGCCAGCCAGCACACCAACGUGUUGGCGAAGGAGAUCCCACCCAGCUACCCGCACCCACACAUCAAGCUUCUGAGGUCGCAGCAUGGAGAGGGGGCCGAGACCCAGCAGCUGCUGGCCGCGCCGACUUGCCUCUCUCCGAUGGUCCACAGGACUCGUAGGAACCGAGGGCAGCACUCCCCCUAUUCCCACUCGCCAGCCUCUUCCCUCUCGCCAUCCCCCCGGUCGGGGCGCAAGGCGCUCAGUGACGGAGGCUCCUCUCCCUUCCACUCGCCCGACUCACCGAUGUCUCUUCUCGACGAGUCAACCGAUGGCUGGCAGCCUCAAGACAGCGACAGCGACGCCAAGGCGGCAAGCGGCAAGCCAUUUUCGCGCCUGCUGCUGCUGCCCCCAAAGGAUAGAGAGAGGGAAGGUAUGUUGGAGCAGGGGCGGAAGGGGACUGGGAAAGGCUCGCCAUUGUGGCGUUCGCCGCCCUUGCGUGUGCUGGUGGAUGUGGGCGAUCGGGGGGACGCGAGCGAAUGAUGGCAAUGCAUGUGCAUCGAAAGGUCGACAUGCUGUGUGUGUCGUUUAUCUGGUUUGACGUGUGGAUGUUGGUGUAGCUGGUGUUCUUGCCUGCUCGUAUCUGUCAGUCGUCACGCGUCUGACCAUUGU